AUGUCGAUAACUAAAUUAAAACUAUCUAAGAAGAAAAUACUGCAAGAGCGAAAUAAAAAAGGUAACGGUUUUGAUCAUGUUGACGGAGGGGAAGAUAACAAUGCAGCUUCUGUGAUCCCAAACGAUGUGGAUAGUGAUAAGUCUGCAACGAUGACUCAAGAUUAUCCAAAUUUAAGCAAUACAGAGUCUGUGGAUGCAGAGGCAGAGUUGAAAAAUGUUACCUUCCAAGGCAUUCCUAAUUCUGUGCUGAAAGCAAACCUUAUGGUGGAUCCUCAAGCUACGACUGAUAAGCUCAAUGCUAGCAAGAACUCAAAAAAAGUCAAUUCUACCGUCAAUCCUCUGGGGAAAAUUAUGAGCAACGGUUCAAAGAAAUCCGUUAAGAAUUCUAAGAUGGAUCGUAGUAAAAGUGUUGGGUCAAUUUAUCAGAAUUCAUCUCUUAAUUUGAAAAAGCAGUUGGAUGGAAAUGGAGCCAAACUAAACCCAGCUGAGCGAAGAAGAUCAUUUCUUUCGAAUGCAGGUGAACUAAAAUUGAAUUUAGGAAAUAUACCUGGGGUCCACGAAACGUUUCAGAAAAUUCAGUCUUUUUCGACACCAAGGACUCUUAGACCUUCCACUGAUAAUUUCAUGGAAAACAAAAGCAUAACAAAACAAGCAAUUGCAGUUGAAGAAGAUAGUGAUCUUUAUACGAGACAGAUGGCGUCAGAUCUCAUCAAUACCAUGCUCGCAGGUACACCUGCAGCAUUAUUCGCAAGUACUCAAUUUAUGAGAGACGAGCGCCAUAGAAAGCGUGCUCCUCUGUUAUUAGCAAUGUUGGGUGUGUCAGUCGAACCUGUAGAUAACAAUGCUAUGUCGGAUAUUUUUAGUAUCACAUCUCAACUUGAUAAUUCUAACAUACCAAAUGCAAACCAACCUAAUUUAGAAAUACAACCGAAUAUAUCUAGUAGUUCAUCUGUAUCGUCUAUCUUUAGUUCAAAUGAAGACAGGGAAUAUGGUAAUACAUACUUCAGAUUAAAAUUGGAAUAUGGGGUUGGUAAGAAUAGAAUGAAAUGGUCCAUUAUAAAAUCGUAUAAAGAACUAGCACAAUUUAAUGCUAGACUUCGACUAAUUUCAUUUCAUCAAGAUACAGUCAACAAGUUACACUACGGAAGUGAUAAAACUGCGCACAUGCAUUUGCCUAGAUUUCCUAAGGUAACAGAUAAGGAAACCUUUCAUAGACAUCGCUCAAAAAAUAAGAGUUCAAGAGAUAUCAAUAUCCACUCUGAUGAGAAUGUUACUGAUGAGAAUGCAUCAUUAUUAUCAACGAAUCCCUCCAUAAAUAUACAUCUUGCUGAUAGAGUUCACUUAAAGCAUUUAAAUGAUUCAUAUGAAUCCAAAAAUGAUAUUAAUCUACCAAUGCAUAUUAGGCUACAAAGAUAUUUAAGAUUAUUAAAUGUUAUUUUAACCCUAAGACCUCAAGCUAAUAGACUUUUCCAAUUUUAUGAAUUUUCACCUAUCAGUAACUUAUUGAGUUAUGAAAAUAGUUAUAAAGGGAAAGAAGGGUAUAUGGUUGUAAGAUCUACUGCCAAAGCUCAAGGGUGGAGGGUAUUCCAUUUUUCGCCAAAGGGUUUAAAAGAUAUGGUAGAAAGACAUACAAAUAAAUGGUUUCUUGUUAGAGAAUCAUAUAUUAUGUAUGUUGCAGAUUUAUAUUCCAAUACACCACUAGAUGUUUUUCUCGUAGAUUCAAACUUCAAAGUCCGUAUAUCUGGUACAAAGGACCCUGGUUAUGCCAGGGAUAUGUAUUGGAAUCCAAACAAUGUUACAAAUCUACCAACAAAAUUUAUGAUCAACUUAGAAAAUGGUGAAAGAAAGCUACAGUUGAUUACAACAUCUGAUCAUGUUCUAAAGCAAUGGAUGUUGUCUAUUCUUUUCAUGGCAAAAUCUACAGUUUGGACCAACAGGAAUAGAUUUGGCAGUUUUGCUCCUAUUAGAAAAAAUGCGUAUUGCAAAUUUUUAGUUGAUGGCAGGGAUUACUUUUGGUCAUUAAGUAAGGCAUUAAUGCAAGCAGAAGAUGUAAUAUAUAUUCAUGAUUGGUGGUUAUCUCCAGAGUUAUAUAUGAGACGGCCCCUUGGUGGUAAUCAAAAGUAUAGGUUAGAUAGAAUUUUGAAAGAGAGAGCAGAGAAUGGUGUCAAAAUCUUUAUUGUUGUAUACAGAAAUGUCGGUGGGAUUGUAGGUACUGAUAGUUUAUGGACAAAGCAUUCCAUGUUAAGGUUACAUCCCAAUAUCCAUAUCAUUAGGUCUCCAAAUCAAUGGAUUCAGAACACUUAUUUUUGGGCCCAUCAUGAAAAAAUGACAGUUAUUGAUAAUUCUGUGGCAUUUAUGGGAGGUAUUGAUUUAUGUUAUGGUCGUUAUGAUACUCCAGAUCAUGCAUUAACAGAUAAUUUUUCUGAUCUUAAGGAUCAAUUUUUUCCUGGGAAAGAUUAUUCAAAUGCUCGUAUAUGUGAUUUCUUUGGAUUGGAUAAACCAUUCGAGUCGAUGUAUGAUAGAGAAGGCCUUCCAAGAAUGCCUUGGCAUGACGUUCAGAUGGUUACAGUUGGUGAAUCUGCCCGUGAUAUGGGCCGCCAUUUUGUACAACGGUGGAAUUAUUUGAUUAGACAAAAAAGACCAAGUAGACCUACCCCUUUAUUAACCCCUCCAGUUGACUUUAAACCGGAGGAGUUGAUUAAUUCGUCAUUUUUUCAUAUGAUAAAGAACGGUGCUAGCUGCGAAACGCAAGUAUUGAGAAGCGCUGGUAAUUGGUCACUGGGUCUAAAAGAAACGGAAAAAUCAAUCCAAAAUGCAUAUUUAAAGCUAAUAGAAACUAGUGAACAUUAUAUUUAUAUUGAAAAUCAAUUUUUUGUGACGACUUCUCGCUGGGAUGGUGUUGUGAUUGAAAAUAAAAUCGGUGAUGCCAUAAUAGAUAGGAUAAUUAGAGCAAGUAGUGAAGGUAAGGUCUGGAAGGCAUUUAUUAUUAUUCCAUUGAUGCCUGGGUUUGAUUCACCUGUAGACCGACCAGAAGCUUCGAGUUUACGCGUAAUUAUACAAUGUCAAUACCAAAGUAUAUCCCGUGGUGAAUCUUCUAUUAUGGCUCGUUUACAAAAAUUAGAUAUUGACCCAACACAAUACAUUCAAUUUUUUUCUUUAAGAAAAUGGUCCACGAUAGGCAAUGACAAAAAGUUAAUUACAGAGCAACUAUAUGUGCAUGCAAAGUUGAUGAUUGUUGACGAUAGAAGUUGUAUAAUCGGGAGUGCUAAUAUUAACGAAAGAUCGCAAGCUGGUAAUAGAGAUAGUGAAGUAGCUAUACUUAUAAGAGAUACCGAUUUAAUAAAGAGUAAAAUGGGAGGCAAGCAUUACAUGGCUGGCAAAUUUGCAUUAGAAUUAAGGCAGAGACUAAUGAGAGAACAUUUAGGAUGUGAUGUUGAUUUGAUUGACAUUAUCGAAAGGAAAUUUCAAAGACUAAAAUUACUAGCUGAAUUGAAUUGUGAAACACUUCAUGUAGUUGAUAGAAAAAAGAACGUUACAGAUAAAAUUGAUUCAGCCAUGAUUGAAUUAGGUUAUCGAGAGGUAUUUAGACGCUCAGCAACCCAGAAAUGGCUUGCAACCCAUAAUGUUAACGACUUUAAGAACUAUGGUCUGUUACAGUCCCUUGAAGGAGAACUACAGACAGAACAGGAGGAAAUUUUAAUGGAUAGAGAAGAUUUACUUCAUGGUAAGAUACAAAAACUUCCAAAAAAAUCUUUCUACAAUGAUAAUAAUGAAAAAAAUAAUUACCAUUCCUUUAAUUAUAGAGCAGGUGAAGAGAACGUCGGUUUGAGAGAUAAAAAGAACAUUAGUACAGACCCUAGAUUGACAAAUAAUAUAAUACAUGAUGAAGAAGUUGCUGGAUUAGGAGCUGAUGGAUGGAAGAAGGUUACUCCUGACUUUUUAAAAUCUGUUUCUAAGCAAUUACAGAAAUGGUCAACAGAUUCCUUUUCCACAAAAUCUAUCGAAGGCAAGGAGGACCCAUUGGUGUGCAAUUUACCGAAUGAGUCAGAUUUAGAAGAUUAUAUUACUUCAGAUUCAAUUAGUUCUAGAAAGAAAUGGGAUAUGCUAAAAAGAGUUUCUUAUUUGCAACACCUUAUAUAUAAGAAGAAGCAUGGUUCAUCACCUGGUAAAGUUCAUGAUGAAGAGGUGGGUGACACGGAAGAUUCUCUUGCCAAUCACAGAAAGCACAGCAUCAUCCUCGAGGAACAGGAACUAGAUGAUGAAGCAAUAGACUCACUACUAUCUCAGAUAUCACCUAGUUUUGGGGAUAUUAAAAAUAAGAACAAGAGUUUAUUUCAAUUUAAGUUUCUUGAUCCAUAUUCCUUCAAUGACCCAUUAAUUGAUGAUUUUUAUGAUGAUUUGUGGUUUUCUGUCGCUUUAAAAAACACUUUAUUGUUUAGACUUGUAUUUCACUGUCAACCAGAUAAUGCUGUUCAAUCAUGGAGUGAGUAUAAGGACUACCAAAGAAUGGCUGCAGAAUUUGACGAGAAUCAAGAAAAAUUAGUAAAACUUGAGGAGACAUACCAUACAGACAAUAGUGUUGAAUCAAUAAAUCACUCAACCGAAAACAACUUAAUGGCAGUAUCCAAAAAUAAGCAGCAGGCAAGAGCCAAAGCUUUAAAAAUGAAUUUAUCAGGAAGUUUAUUAUAUGGUAUUAAUAAUAGAAUGUUUGAUAAAUAUACUGCUAAGAGAUUACUGGAAAGAAUACAAGGACAUUUAGUCAUAUUUCCAACCGAAUGGCUUGCCAAAGAGAUUGAAUCUAAAAAUUGGUUUUACAAUACAGAUCGUUUGACGCCUAUUGAUAUAUAUGAUUAG